GGACUGCUUGAGAGUGGCAUAUGAUCCCUCAGUAUAGCAGAGCCAUGUUCAAAAGAGGGGGCAAUAUGACAGAGGCAACAGAGAAUCCUUUUGCCUCGCUGCAUUAUUCCAACGUUUACCUCACCAUACUGGCACUGUUCUGCUUCAAGCUCUUUAUUAAGAUAAGCCUCAACUGCCUCUCCUACUUUUACAUCAUCAAAGGAAACCGCAAGGAGGCGGCCAGGAUAUCUGCAGAGUUCUAUGAUUUUGGUCAAGGACACAGUGAGUACACACAUCUCUCUACUAUAUUGAUCCAUUGUCAAAAAAAGAAUAAUAUUGGAAUACUGAUUAUAUUCAAAUGAUUCUGCUAUUUAUAUUUGCCAUUGCCUUUUGCCUUGUAAACUGAAGAGUUCAUAUUUAGGAAGAGAUGAACUGACUGAAUGGAAGGGUCUCUUGUUUUAUGAUUAGGCUACACACUGAAUACUGAGAAUAAUGCAUAUACUCACUUUGUUGACCUUAACAUGAAAAGUACCUGAAACGUGACUGUGUAUACACAGUACAUACUGGUCAGUUUAAUUUCUACCCUGAUGUAUUAAUAGAACGGGACCACGCGGUGCCUCCCCACCCCCUUGCCCUAGUUUCCAUUCCUGACUGCCGUGUACUAUAGCUCUUAAAAACCCUUCUCCUUAUGUAAGGUUUUCAGCGGUUACAUUCGGCCACAUUUGGCUCCAUGUAACCUACAAUUCCGACACUGUGUUUUAACGUUUAGAAAAGUAAAUAAUCAUCACUUUCAAAACGGUUUAUGAAACAUAUGCUGAUAUGCCCUCCAUCUUUCAUAUAAGAGAGAAAUAAUCUUUCAAAUAAAAAAUAUACUUACUGUAGCAGUUUUGCACAGAUCCACAGAUCCAGUGCCUUCAGUUGACGAACUACACUUCCUCCCCAGUUACGCUUAAACAUAGGUGUUCGGAGCACGCUAGAUAGCUAAUUAGCACAGGUGGCCAUCUAUGUCUUCCGUCUGGCUUCCGCAAACAAGUGAUGUAACAUGGAGAUAUGGCCGUAUGGGAACACUAAGACAGAUCUGCAGACCAAAACAACACUUAAACUUUUCAGUGUCAGUGACAGACAGUGUGCCAACAUGCUUGGUCCAUGGAAAGGGAGCACCGAUGCAGCAAACAGCAACACAGAGUAAAAUAUUGUUGUGUGUUAUUAAAGGUCAGUGACGUAGCUAGAUGUAGUACACAGAACAUGUUUUGUUUCUGACUUACAGUGGCUUGGUCUUUGAUUACUACAUCAAGUAGGUUAUUUCAAGAGAACUUGAACCGAGUGUAGACAUAUUGGCUCAGUAUAUAUUCAUCCCACAAUUGGACUGCAUGGAACUUUAGUACUUUACCUGACACGUAGUGAAAUAGAAUAGAACAGUUUCAGCAGUGUCAUACAGUGCAUUCGGAAAGUAUUCAGACCCCUUGACUUUUUCCACAUUUUGUUACAUCACAGCCUAAUUGUAAAAUUGAUUAAAUAAAUAAAAAUCCUCAUCAAUCUACACACAAUACCCAUAAUGACAAAGUGAAAACUGUUUUCUUUUUUUUAAUGUUUGCUAAAUUAUAAAACAUAUAUAAAUAUCUUAUUUACAUAUUCAGACACUUUGCUAUGAGAAUUGAAAUUGAGCUCAGGUGCAUCCUGUUUCCAUCGAUCAUCCUUGAGAUGUUUCUACAACUUCAUUGGAGUUGAUUGGACAUGAUUUGGAAAGGCACACACCUGUCUAUAUAAGGUCCCACAGUUGACAGUGCAUGUCAGAGCAAAAACCAAGCCAUGAGGUCAAAGGAAUUCGUCCGUAGAGCGCCGAGACAGGAUUGUGUCGAGGCACAGAUCUGGGGAAGGUUACCAAAAAAUGUCUGCAGUAUUGAAGGUCCCCAAGAACACAGUGGCCUCCAUCAUACUUAAAUGGAAGAAGUUUAGAACCACCAAGACUCUUCCUAGAGCUGGCCGCCUGGCCAAACUGAGCAAUCGGGGGAGAAGGACCUUGGUCAGAGAAGUGACCAAGAACCCGAUGGUCACUCUGACAGAGCUCAAGAGUUCCUCUGUGGAGAUGGGAGAACCUUCCAGAAGGACAACCAUCUCUGCAGCACUCCACCAAUCAGGCCUUUAUGGUAGAAUGGCCAGAUGGAAGCCACUCCUCAGUAAAAGGCACGACAGUCCGCUUGGAGUUUGCCAAAAGGCUGAAUGAAACCAAGAUUAAACUAUUUGUCUUGAAUGCCAAGCGUCACGUCUGGAGGAAACCUGGCACCAUCCCUACGGUGAAGCAUGGUGGUGGCAGCGUCAUACUGUGGGGAUGGUUUUCAGCGGUAGGGACUGGGAGACUAGUCAGGAUCGAGGGGAAAGAUGAACGGAGCAAAGUACAGAAGACUUGAGGCUGUAAUCACUGCCAAUGGUGCUUCAACAAAGUACUGAGUAAAGGGUGUGAAUACAUAUGUAAAUGUCAUAUUUCAUUUUUUUUGUUUUUAAUAAAUGUGCAAACAUUUCUACAAACCUAUUUUUGCUUUGUCAUUAUUUGGUAUUGUGUGUAGAUUGAUGAGGAAACAAAAGUUAAGGGGUCUGAAUACUUUCCGAAUGCACUGUAGAUCAGUGAUAUGGAGGGAGGUAACAAUGAUGACGCAGUCUGGAAUGCAUCUGGCGUUAUUCUCGAUAUUGACCCAGGUGUGUGUGUGCCCUGUGAAAUUGAAUCAUUCAUCAAAUCUUUAAGACUGUGACUUGUUAUGAGUGACAUAAGCAUUUGUGUUUGCUGCAGGGUCCUGGGCAGACCGCUCACCCUUACAUGAUGCUGCAUGCCAAGGUCGUCUCUUCGCCCUGAGGAAUCUCAUUUUACAGGUGAGCCAAAGGUAAUCCAAUUCAAUUCAGUGUGUGCAUCCACUGCUUACCUUCUGAAAUGUACUAUGGUCAUGUUCUGCUGCUCCCACAGGGCCACAAUGUAAAUGUUAUCACUAUAGACAAUGUGAGUCCUCUCCACGAGGCCUGCUUUGGAGACCAUGUAGCAUGUGCCAGAGCUCUGAUCGCUGCAGGUGCCAAUGUGAGUCACUGGGGAAUAUACAGUAAUAAUCAAGAAUACUUUAUUUGUUCUUUUUUUAUGAAACAAUCAUUAUUAGUAAAUAAUGAAUUAAGAAUUAUGUCAAUAAGGCUUAUGAAAAUACGUAUUGUUCUCUGUCAUUUGUUAUUUUUCCUCUGCCCCAAAAUGGUGCUAUGUUAUUCAGCUGAGUGGUCAGAAUUAACAUGAGACUGUGCAGGUGAACGUCACCACCAUUGACGGGGUGACUCCCCUGUUCAACGCGUGCUCAGUGGGCAGUGUAUCAUGUGCAGAGGUCCUCCUGGAGAACGGGGCCAAACCCGAGGCUCUGGUAUUUCAGCCCUCGCCCAUUCACGAAGCCAGCAGUAAAGGUAUGCUCAGUACCCUUAUCACUCCAACAUCCUUAUCUUAAUUCAUAUAGUACAAACUUUGAAGUAUACUUCACUGACCUUUUGGGCUGUAUUCCAACUUGGGAUUGAGGCAAAUACAUCAAACUUAAAAAUCUGAAUCAAAAUGUCACCAAUCAGCGUACAGUAUUUGACGUAACAGUGCAAGUUUGAGAGGAUAUUGCUUAGAGGAUAUUACGGGUACAAUAAUUAUCCGUAAUUAUUAAUUGGAAAGCUGAUUGUUAUGACUUCCAUGUAUGUGCCCACCUUGGGCAGGCAACAGUGAGUGUGUGGAGACUCUAGUCAGAUGGGGAGCAGAUGUGGACUUUGACAUUCCUCACCUGGGAACGCCCCUCUACACCGCUUGUGUCUCUCGGGAGAUAGAGUGUGUCCGGAGGCUGCUGAGGGAAGGUGAGGCACUUGCACCUCUUCUCUGCCAAAGCACCUUAGUAUGAUGAGAGGAGGAGUGAAAACUAGUGGUAAGAUUAUUACUGUCUCCCAAAGUGGUGAAAUGUAAAUGUAUAACACUCUCACUAUGCAGCAGUAGCUUGGCCUUGGUGGGAUAGCUCAGAGCAUCUGCUCUUUUCUACACCACUAAUAUGUUGCACCCCCCUAAAUACAUCAUGUUAUACCAGCGAUAGAGUACUUAAUUCCUGUAACUGAAUGACCAAGGACUAUUAAAUCCAUAGUAGCUUACCUUGGUUUCCCUCCACACAGGAGCAAAUGUACAGAAAGGUAUAUAUAUGGACUCUCCCUUACACGCUGCCGCUGAAAAGGACUGCACAGCCAUUGUUAAGCUGCUGUUGGACUUUGGGGCGGAUAUCAACGCCAGGAACAUGGAGUUCCAGAGGCCUGUGGAGGCUGCUCCCCCCAGCAGCCUGACAGAAGGGUUCCUUCUGGUCUAUGAGGGUAAGUUCUAUAGGUUUAUUCAGAGUCAUCUUUCGUGAAUUCCUAUAGCCAAAGUCUCGUAGUGUUUUUGCUUCAUAACCCAAGUCCAACUAGCUUUCCAUUAUAUUUUGUCUGGAAUAGAAUACAAUGGAAUAAUGCAAUGGAACGUAAUGUAAAGUAAAAGUAACAUAUAUUUUGGGUGCAUAGCAUGAUAUGUUUUUUAUUUUUUUCAGCCACGCCCCAGCCAUUGAGUCAGCUGUGUCGACAGCGCAUACGUGACUGUGUGGGCCGCGACAGGUUUCACCUCAUCAACCAUCUACCCCUGCCCAACCCCCUCAAGAACUACCUCCAGUACAGAUGAUAAGCAGAGAACAUCACAAUGUCAUAGGCUGUGGUGGUGGCAUCUUCCUUGUGUCAAUCAUUCAUGGGAACUCAACAGCCUGCAAUGAUUGAAGGAGCACUUUUGACACAACUGGCACCUUAAGCAAUGAAAUGCAUACUUGAUUUAGCUUAUACUUGAUUUUAGUAUGGUUCACAAGAUCAACUGCUCAAAUUUGGGAUUGGAGCAAUGACCAACAACCAUGGUUUGCUAUGAACAUUUUCAAGGGAGAGAUUCAUAUAAAUCCAGAGCUGGAUUGUUAAACGCACUUAGAAAAUGAGUGCAUCUUUUCAAUAUUUAGUCAAUAAAAAUGGCUGGCACGUAUGCUCAUACAAUAGCACCAUUUAAAGUGCAUGCGUUUUAUAGACAAAUUGACUUAAUUUUGAUUAUUAUAUUAUAAUGGUAUUCACCUUUUUCUGUGAUUUACAUUAGACGUGCAUCUAAAAAACUUGAAAUUCACCUAAAUACUUACCAUUAUGGAGAACAAUUCAUUCAUGCAUUCAUAUACUCCAAAAUAUAGAUAUACAUUUGCUUGCUUGAUGUGUUUUAUUAUAUGCGAUAUCAUUGUCUGAGCUGCGAGCUAUUAUCGUAUUAAAACGCUUUGAAUUUAUGGUUUAGUUUGCAUUAUGCAAGUCUUUCAAAAGCAAGCUGCUUUCAGUGUGUGGCAACAUUUUCUAUUUCCAGUGGGUUGCAACAAUGUACCUUCCCGCAAAAACAUUCACUUUCCCCGGAGAAAGAAGAAGUAGGGCCGUUGCCAUGGAACUGUUGAUCAACAUCUUGAAUGUGUCAUAUCAUAUGGGCUAGUAAGCUAGUUAACUUAGCUAGCUCAUUUACCAAAAUGUGUCUACAAGACACAGUAUUAUAUAGUAACAACUUUAGCUAAAUACUGAACAGGAAAAGCAACAGCAACAGUGGCUGGUUCAUAAACGCUAGCUACAGCUGAUUGGCUAGCUAACAAUGCUUAUGCACAGCCUGCCAAAAAGACAGGAUUGCCACGAGAAGUUCUGAAGUGGCUAAAAAGCCUGGAUUUGUCAUUUUUUCCAAAGAAUGCGCAAGUGAGUGUACAUUUAUUAGCAAACUGCAAAGUAUUGCUCACUGAAAUAACCUAACAGUCAGUUUAUAGACUAUCUAUCCAAAGAAUCACAUUUUCCCUUCUCCAGGGAUUUCUCCAAUGGCUACCUUGUGGCAGAAACGUUCUCCUGGUAUUAUCAUGAAGACUUCCCCAUGCACUCCUACUACAAUGGGACAUCACUUCCAACCAAACAGGGCAACUGGGCACAAAUAGAGAGGGUAAUGCAUGGAGGGCAUGGCCAGUAACAAAAUGAUAGGUGUAUGAGUACAAAUAAACUGGUGGGUAUAAUCCUAUGUGCAC